CAACAUGUCAGUACCGCCCCCACCCCACUACUGCCUGUCGGUGCUUCCCGCGCGUACGGUCCCCAACUAGCCGUGUCUUCCCGCAUGCCCUCCCUGCGUCGGUGGUUCUUUCCUAGAACAUACCGAGCCACACCUACCCAGAGAGUUAAAUUUUCGAAGCCCCACCCCCAAAACUCCACCGUCUAUGAUCUACAGAAGUGGGAAAGGGAGUUAGGUAUUAGCCGAGGCAGAGGAGACAGUGGGGUGGCUUUUUAAAGACCCAGAAACUAGCCCCGCCCACAGUGGGUGGGGUUGGCACUGAAGGGGUUAAGCCCGCCUGGCAUCCUGGAACUGCAGGCGGAUCCUGGGCUUACUCCCUCCAGACCAAGGGUGCUGCUGCUGCUACUGCUACUACUGUUGCUGCCACUGAGGUGGCUGAUGCAGGUUUCCAUCUCUGUGUUACGACCAUGCAGCUAGGCCCAGUCCUGAUGAUGGGGGUGGCCCUGUGCCUGGGGUAUGGCCAGCCUUUGCCACAGGCUCCUCCUGAUCACCCCUUCUAUGUGAUAUGGAACGUACCCUCAGCACGCUGUAAGGCCCACUUUGGUGUGCACUUACCACUGAAAGCCUUGGGCAUCAUAGCCAACCAUGGACAGCUUUUCCAUGGCCAGAACAUCUCCAUCUUCUACAAGAACCAGCUUGGCCUCUAUCCCUACUUUGGGCCCAGAGGCACAACUCACAAUGGGGGUAUCCCCCAGGCUGUGUCCCUAGGCCGCCACCUGGCACAGGCUACACACCAGAUCCGUCAUAGUCUAGGACCCAGCUUUGCUGGCCUAGCAGUGCUGGACUGGGAGGAGUGGUAUCCUCUCUGGUCUGGGAACUGGGGCCGCCGCCACACCUACCAGGCAGCCUCCCAGGCUUGGGCACAGCAGGUAUUCCCUGACUUGCACCCUCAAGAGCAGCUCCACAAAGCCCGUGCUGGCUUUGAACAGGCAGCCCGCGCACUGAUGGAGAACACACUGCAGCUGGGCCAGACACUGCGACCCCAUGGACUCUGGGGCUUCUAUCGUUACCCAGCCUGUGGCAAUGCCUGGCAUGGUACAGCUUCCAACUACACAGGCCACUGCCAUGCAGCCACCCUUGCCCGCAACACCCAAUUGCAUUGGCUCUGGGCUGCCUCCAGUGCUCUCUUCCCCAGCAUCUAUCUCCCACCCAGGCUACCGCCUGCUCACCACCAGGCCUUUGUUCGACACCGCCUGGAGGAGGCCUUUCGUGUGGCCCGUGCUGGGCACACACAUCCUCUGCCUGUCCUGGCAUAUGCCCGCCUCACACUCCGGAAGUCUGGGAGGUUCCUGUCCCAGAAUGACCUGGUUCAGACCAUUGGUGUGAGCGCAGCACUGGGGGCAGCCGGCGUGGUGCUCUGGGGGGACCUGAGCUUCUCCAGUUCUAAGGAGAAGUGCUGGAGUCUCCAUGACUACCUGGUGAGCACCCUAGGCCCCUAUGUGAUCAAUGUGACCAGAGCAGCCACAGCCUGCAGUCUCCAGCAGUGCCAUGGCCAUGGGCGCUGUGCCUGGCAAAACCCAGGAAAAAUGGAAGCCUUUCUGCACCUGCAGCCAGAUGGCAGCCUUGGAGCUUGGGAGUCUUUCAGCUGUCGCUGUUACUGGGGCUGGACUGGCCCUACCUGCCAGGAGCCGAGGCCUGGGCCUAAGAAAGCAGUAUAAAGCCAGGAGUCCCUGUUCCUACCUAUUCUUGUCCCUGCUGCCACUUUCCUAGUCCUGGAGGAACCCCCCCCCCCCUUUUGCUCUAUUCAGCUUACAAUCAAUACAUUCCCAAGCACACACUUUCGCUCCCACUUCCCUUGGGAUCUCUGAGGGGUGGAAAGGGCCAGAAAAAACGCUUAUAAAACCAAAGUCCUCUGAGAUCAUCUGACUCCUCAUGACACAAAGCAGCCUCUGGCAAAGUCAGGGCUCCAGCUGGUUAAGGGUUGCCAGCCCAGGGCUUUGUUCCUAUACCUUAGUGGGUCCACAGAGAAGUCACAGGAGGGCCAUCCACGGGCAGAUGUUCCCAAGAAAUCUGGGAUAUGGUCUCUAAAUGCUAAGCUGUUAUCUGCACUACGUUUUCAUCAUAAAGUCACUUUUUCUUUCAUUGUCUGAAA